GGACCGGAAGUCACUCCGUGUAUUAACGGCAGCCUCACGCGGCGGUCGGUGCCAGCCUGCUCCGUUACUCUCGGCUCACGUCGGUGGUUUAACGGCGGACUGUCCGGAGCUCCAGGAACACAUUCAUGGAGGAAACGUGAAGUUUUACCGGAGAGGGACCGGAGGAGGACCGGAGGAGGAGGUGGACUUUUCCCGCGGUGUUUUGGCGUUGCAGCGUGAUGCGUUGGGAUGGAGGAGGCGGAGCACAGCCGCUACGUCGCCCAGCUGAAGGCCGAGUUCGACAGCUGCGACACGACGGCCACCGGCUUCCUGGACCGAGACGAGCUGACGGCGCUCUGCCGAAAACUGCAGCUGGACGCUCACCUGCCGCUGCUGCUGGACACACUGCUGGGAGAACGCACCUACGCCAGGGUGAACUUUGAGGAGUUUAAAGAAGGCUUCGUGGCCGUUCUGUCUCGCUCUCUGGACUUCAGCACAUCAGAGGACGACAGCAGCUACCUGGAGCCAGUUGUUCCAGAGGAGGUGAAGCCGAAGUUCGUGAAGGGAACGAAGCGUUACGGCCGUCGCUCCCGUCCCGACAGCAAGCCCGAUGCUGCAGACUCGGAGGACUCGCCGCCAUCCAGAACCGAGGCCACGGACUCGUCCCCGGCCGGCGUCCGCAGGGCCAAACUGAGACGCUCGACGUCUCUGGAGAGUGUUGAGAGCCUGAAGUCUGAUGAAGAAGCAGGAAGUCCGAAGGAGAACAUCCAGCCAGACUUUCAGUCUAAAGGUUCUCAGCAGGAGGAAGUGGGGCUGGGGGUUGUCGUUGGAGGAGGAGGAGGAGGAGGCGGAGGCGUCCUGACGGCGGUGUGUGAUCACCUGGGCCUGCAGCAGCUCAACACAGAGGAGCUGGACGUGCUGCUCAGGAAGUUGGACGCCGACCUGGACGGCCGAGUCAGCAUCAGGGACUUCCAGAAGGUUCUGCGUGGCUCCGCCCCCAUCUCCUGCUCCACCCCUGUGCGAUCAGCUGACCCGCAGAGGGCGCCACACAGGUCUCAGGCGGUGUUAGAGGAGCGCUCGGCUCGCUCCACCUCGCCCUCCCUGCUGACGGCCACGGUGGGUCAGAGAGUCCUCAGCCGGCUGGACGAAGGCUCAGGAUGCACCAGCCCCGAGCAGGUCAUCGCCCUCUGGACCGAGGAGGGCAUCAGGAACAGCCGGGACAUCCUGCAGACUCUGGACUUCCCUCUGGAGGAGCGUCUCAGUCUGGCAGACCUGACUCUGGCUCUGGACAACGAGCUGCUGGUCAGCGGGAAUGGCAUCCACCAGGCGGCGCUCAUCUCCUACAAGAACGAGAUCCAGCACCUGCAGGUGGUGGCGGAGCAGGCCUGCAGGGAGCGGGACAAGGUGAAGGCAGACCUGGAUCAGGCUGAUCAGAGGAACCUGCAGCUGGUCAGAGAGGUGGACGACCGCCACGCCAGCAUAGAGACGCUCAACCAGAGCAGGAUCAGGGACCUGGAGCAGGACUUCCGCGAUAGGCUGACGGCUCUGCGCAGCCAGUCGGAGCAGGAGAGCGAGGCUCUGCUGCAGCAGGCGGAGAGAGAGCGCAGCACGCUGCAGGACGAGCUGCAGCUGCUCAGAGCGCAGGAGGCGGAGCUGCAGGAGGAGCUCUGCAGCGCCACACAGGAGAACAGUCGUCUGGAGGACGAGCUGAGUGUUGUGAAGCUGAAGCUGACUGAAGCAGAAAGCUCAGUGAACAAACUGCAGAGAGACCUGGACCAGCUGCUGCACGACAAGUUUGGCAGCUUGGACCCGGCAGGCGGCGGUCUGAGUCACGAGGAGCGAUUCUUCGAAAUCAUCAAAGAUUACGAGCUGCAGUGCCGGGAGCUGCGGGACAGAAACGAUGAGCUGAGCUCAGAGUUGGAGCUGCUGAGUCAGAGGAGCGACAGGAAGUCCAGACGAUCUGCAGGAAACGACGCCGCCGCUCUGAGCUGGACCGAACAACGCUCCGUCAGCGCCGAGUCCGACUCUGACGAGUCGGACAUGAAGCGCAGCUCGUCUCCUCUCGUCAGGAAGAAACUGCAGCCGGCAAAUAAAACCGCUCUGCGCUCCCUGGACAGCGUCUCCGGUCCGGCUGUCAGUAUUCAGACUGAGCUGGCUCUGGAGCAGCUGAAGCAGAAACACAACCAGGAGCUGCAGCAGCUGCACAUCCAGCUGGAGACGCAGGUGAACUACUACGAGCGCAGCCUGGACCUGAUGAGACAGAGCAUGGAGGUGGAACGCAAAGACAUCUCUCAGGCCUUCAAGAUGGAGAUCAGCGAGCUGGAGGAGCAGAAAGCUCAGGCGGAGCAGCAGGUGAAGCAGCUGAAGGAGGCUCUGGACAAACUGCAGACUCAGACCCAACAUGGAGGAGGAGGAGGAGGAGGAGGGUGGAGCAACGAGCAGGAGCGCAGGAUGCAGCGGGAGCGGGCGGAGCUGGAGCAGAACUUUGCCAGAGAGAUCAGCAACCUGGUCCAGAGACUGAGUGCCGAGAAGGAUCAGCUGGAGGCCGAGCUGAAGCUGAAGAUGGACCAGGAAGUGAUGCUGGUCAGGGAGGAAGCAGAGCAGCAGCUCUCUCAGAUGAAGCUGCAGCACACUGAAGGUCAGCGCCGCCUCCUCCACCAGCUUCAGUGGGAGCGCCAGUGGCUGCAGGAGCAGAGAGGAUUCUGGGAGAACCGGCUCGUCCAAUCGGAGCAGGAGAAGCUGCGGUGCGAGGAGAGGGCCGGGGAGGAGCAGGCCAGGAUCUGCGGUCAGUUCUCCUCAGAGAAGAAGAAGAUGGAGGAGCAGCACGAGGAGCAGGUCUCCAGUUUACAGGAAGUCGUAAAGAACUCCUAUCUGCAGAUCAGCCAAUCGGAGGCCAGUUUAGAGGAGUUCAGAGAGCGCUGCGGUCAGUUAGAGGACGAUCUUCAAGCUUCUCGGGGGCGUUGCUCUGAGCUGGAAGCCAGACUGGAGGAGGCCUGCACCCAGCUGGAGGAGAGCAUCGCCUUCCUGGAGUCUCAGGAGGUUUUAAAUACACGCCUCGCUUCAGAGAAGCGCUCCGUGGAGGAGGAGCUGCAGCUGGUGAAGACCAGGGAGGAGCAGCUCCUGGUUCAGGUGACCCAGCUGAAAGAGGAGCUGGGAAACCUCCGGGCUGCGUCCGACAGCAUCCUGCAGGACCGGGAGGUGGUGGCUGAUAACUGCAGCCGCCUCUCGAACGCUUUCACCCAGCAGCAGGCGCAGCUCCGAGCCAGAGAGCAGACUGUCAGCGCCCUGCGGUCAGAGCUGGAGAGUCUGCAGGAGGCCAUGAGGAACAAAGCUGAGUGUCUCUCCAAACUGACCGCUGAGCUGGACUCGCUGAAGACGGACCGCGACAGGCUGAUCCAGGACCUGAAGGACCAGGCCAUGGCUGUGGACAACCUGCAGCUGGAGUUGGACAGCGUCUCUGAGGAGUUAGAUAGGAGGAGGAGUGCUGAGGAGAGUCUGCAGGAGGCUCUGAAGCAAGAGCAGACCAGGACCUUGCAGCUCCGGUCCAGUCUGGAUGAGGAGAGGGAGGAGGUUUGUCGUCUGAGCCAGGAGAACGGGAGCUACACGCGGCUGGCUGACCAGCUCUCCACCCAGAUCGUAGAGAUGGAGGAGGAAAUCUCCACGCUCAGAGACCAUCUCAGAGAGCUCAGCUCCCAGCUCAACGGGACUGCAGACCUGGUCCUGGACCUCAGGAGGCAGCUUAACUCCAAAACCAGCGAGGUGGAUCGGCUUCGGGCCGAGGUGGCGGAGGGAGCUGAUCUCUUAUGGCAAGCCAAGUCCUCCUCUGAGAAGCGUCACAGCGACGUUCAACAGCUGACCAACCGGCUGGAAGCAAAGCACGGAGAGCUGGACCUGGCCAAACAGCAGGUCCUCCAGCUGCAGCAGGUCCUGCAGGACUCCCAGAACCAGCUGAGGACGGCGGAGGACGACUUUGAACAGGAGAAGAUGAAGAUGAUGCAGCAGCUGAUGGAGCUGGAGACGCUGGUCCUGGCCCUGGAGGAGGUGAUGGACCCGGCCAGUCCACACAGGACUCAGCUAGAGGAGGUUCGAUCAGAGAACGGAGCUCUUCUGGAACGACUGACCGUCCUGCAGCAGGAAGUCCAGAACCUGGAGGACGAUGUCGCCAAGAAGAGGAGGAAACUGGAGGAGAUGGAGAGAGAGCACGAGAAGAGCAGAGAAGAAGAGGAGAGGCUGCACAAAGAGAACUCCAGAUAUCGUGAGGAGGUUCUGGGUCUGAGCAGCAGGAACCUGCAGCUCAGCAACGACAACGCCGAGCUGAGCGCCCGUCUCCGUGGAGACCAGGAGUCGGUCCGGAUGCUGCAGGAGCGCCUGGAGAUGGUCUCCAAGGAGCGGGAGGACGAGGGAACUACGGUGCGGCGGCUGCAGGAGGCGGCGGUGCAGCAGCAGGAGGUCUGGACGCAGGAGAGACAGCUGCUGGAGAGAGAGCUCAACUCCUACAAGGAGAAGCUGGGCCGUCUGUCGGAGCUGGAGGCGGAGCUCAGCAGUGCGACUCUGAAGCUGCAGCGGUCGGAGGAGGACAAGGCCGAACUGCUGAGAGAAGCUGACGACCGAAACAAUAAGGUGGAGAAGCUGCAGCAGGCGGCGCUCUCUCUGGAGUCGGAGGCCGAGCUGCUUCGCUCUCAGCUCCACGCCGUCAGUCAGGAGAAACUCGGCCGCGCCCAGGAAGCGAGCGAGCUGCGGAGGAAGCUGCGGGACGCUCAGAACAAGGUGGAGGAGCUGGAGACCAGCGUCAGGAAGCUGAUGAGGGAGCAAGAGGAGCUCCGUCAGGCUCUGGAGGAGCAGGAUGAGCGGGCCUCCAUCACUCUGCAGGAGGAGACCCACAGACUGAGAGUCCAGAACCAGGAGCUCCAACACAAGCUGUCGGAGCUGCAGGUCCAGGGUCUGGAGGUCCAGAAACUGACCCAGGAGCAGCAGAACCUGAAGACCAAACUGAACGAGCUGGCGACGGCACGGACGCAGGCUCAGGACCAGGCGGCGCGGGCCGACGCGGCGCUCAGCCUGGUUCAGGCGCAGCACGUCAGGCAGCUGCAGGAGCUGCAGGAGCGGGCGGGGGGCGGCUGCAGGGAGCAGGUGGAGCUGCUGCAGGCCCGGCUGGUGGAGGAGCAGAGCAGGAGUCAGCAGCUGGAGGAGACGCUGAGGCUUCAGGCCCAGCAGAGCAGCUCCCAGAUCAGCACGAAGCAGGAUCAGUACGAGAAGGCGAUGUCCGCCCUGCAGCAGAGGACCGAGGAGCUGGAGACCAAACUGAAGGGAGUCCGGACGGUUCUGCAGGAGAAAGUCCAGCAGCUCAAAGAACAGCUGGCGAAGAGCACAAAGUCCAGCGUGUUGCUGAAGGAUCUGUACGUGGAGAACUCGCAGCUGAUGAAAGCUCUGCAGGUCACCGAGCAGCGGCAGAAAAACGCAGAGAAGAAGAACUUCCUGUUGGAGGAGAAAGUCAACGCGCUCAACAAACUGCUGAGAGAGAUCGUCCCCGCGGCGCUCGCCACGUAGCCGCCGAACGACCAACGCCUCAGAACUGUGACGCAGCUUCAGCUGGUCUGAGAUCAGUUUCAGUAAAGCAGCUUCAACAUGGAGACGUCCAGCAUGUGUUAGCCUAGCUUAGCACAAAGACUGGAAGCAGGGGGAAAGUGUUAGCCUAGCUCCUAGUCUGGAGUGAAACAGCUGCAGGCAGCAGACUCUACCUGCACUCAGACAGGCUGAUGUUGCUCGGUGACACAUUUGCUUAAUUAUCUGGUUACAGGUGAGAACGGUGACGUGUGUCGCAGACGAAGGUUUGAUUAGAUCUAUUUAUGGAUGAACAGCAUAACGUGAGAACCAGACGGACACAACACACGUCACAUGAGAUUAAAGACUCUUAAAAACCAAAAUCACAUCAUUACUCUCCGGUGAUUAAUAAAACGAACGACGUCCGACUGGCGGUGGGAUUGUUCCUGCUGGCUCGCUGGUUUACUGGGACACCUGAACGCCAUCGUUAACGUUCUCAGUAACACAAAGGUGUGUCAGUAACCCGUCACCUGACUCUGUGUCCGUGUGAGGAUCCAGGCAGACGUCCAGUGUGGUGCAAACAGAGCCAUGUGGGUGCUGGUUUGAGCUACAUCUAUAUAUCUAAAGGUAAACCCGGGAUUCCUGUCUGACUGCCGACUACUGUCGUCUUCUCAGCCAAUCGGAGCAGAGUAGAAAUCAAACACUGUGAGUCCUGUUGGAUUUAUUAAUAUGUGAGGAUAAAGUUCAGGCCAGCAGAUGGAUGCUGAGAUAAAACUUUUAACAAUCACGGAGGAAUCGUACAACAUUGUACUAUUUUUAGUCUUUUUAUUUAGCUGAUGACAAUUAAAUGGUGCAUGACAUCACUUACAAGUUUAACAUUAUAAAUUCUCUUAUUUUUAUCCUGCAGAUUUACGUCAAAGUUUCCCUAAAAUACGACUCAGAUUUUUUUAAAUUUGUGUGUAUGAGCCUCUGGGGCCUCCGUAGUUUCCUGUGCCUUUGCUCUGAUAGUUUACUUCACAGUGGCGUCAAAAGUUCAUGACUUUCUCAAAAUCCUAACAAGCCUCACUGCCAGCAGACGUCUCGGCAUCAUGUUGGGAUUUCCACCAAACUACAUUUAAAUUAUCAUGAAUUUUAUGUCAAUGGUUUAAGUUGCCUGAGGAAAUAAAAUCUCACUGUGUCCCUGUGAAAUAAAUAACCAGUCAACAGGUGAGAUGUUGAUGUAUAGUUUGACUCGCAGGUAAAGGUCAGGGUCUGUGUGUGUGUGUGUGUGUGUGUGUGUGUGUGUGUGUGUGUGUGUGUGUGUGGGGGCGUGGCCUGUUUAGAUGAGUCAUCGCCAGCCUAACCUGUAACAACUUCUAUUCAACAGGUGAAUGUUUCUGUCUGUUCUCCCCAAAGCUGCUUUACAGAAACUGAACUUUUGUUUCUUCUAGAAAGACGAAGGAAAACCAGUCUGACACACACACACAGACACACACACACACACACACACACACACCUGUACACCUGUACACCUGUACACCUGUAUGUAAAGCAGGACGGCACUAGUCUGAAGUAUUUGAGCCAUGAGGGUAUUAUGUUUUAUAUAUAUAUUUUUUAGUAUUUUGGUGAAUGUGGAGUCGGAGUGUCUGCAGGCAGCUGCUGUCCUGAUCACAUGUUCAGGUAGUCUGUAGGUUUUCCCUCAGAGUGAGACCUCCUGCUCUGAUUUACUGUCCUUCCUGUUCAGGUACAACAAACCAAACCCCACCUGUCUGUGGACCAAAGUGUGAGACAGACAGACGUCAUCAUUGUAUGCUGAUACUGUAACGUGAUCCCACAUUAAAUUAUCUGUUUUUAAAAGA